AGACUUCAUCGAGACCUUUAAUCCUCUUCCGCAGCAGUACACCUGGUAUCGAGAGGAGGGGGUAUACGGUCGGCCAGGACUGGAUUGCGUAGACUACAAUAUAAGGCUAACUUUAACAUGACAAAAUAGGGGCUUAUAUUCAUCGUGUUUAAAAUAAGAAACAAAUAUUAAUUGUAGAAAACGCCGACCAAACAGAGACAAACCCCUCCUCUCUCGUAGACUAUUUAUCUGUCGACGCAUCUAUUCUGCACAUUCUCCUAUGUUGUUCUAGGCGGAGGAAUGGAAAACUGCGUUCAAAUCCAUAUUUGUAGAUAAAUAAAUGGGUGAUUACGUUUUGGUUUAUUACAGACAGCGACCAUUGGACACCGCUCUUCUCCUCGACGGACGCGCUCUAAGAUCGGCUCCUCCUCUUCUCCGGUUUCCAUCCGCCAGUUGCGCCCCGGCUCGCCCUUGGUCUCGCACAGUAGCGUCGCCGCCUUGUCCCCACUGUUCCUGUCAAUUGCUGCGCAUCAGCAAAACAUGCAGGAUGAGCCUGUGGGGGUGACAACCGAACAACGACCCCCGCCAACAGAGGAAAAGGUACAGCAAAACAACACAAUCAAUAAAACCGGGAUACAGCAACCAAAUGAAACCAACAACCAGCUGGGAGCCCUCACUUCCAACUACAACCACCUGAACCAGAAUCCAGAUUUUACCGAUUUUGGUCAAGAUCAUUUUUGCCCGACACUGUCUAUCUUUGACCUUCAGCACGACUGGAAAAUACAUCAGCUAGCUGAGUUUGGAUGCACUGAGUCGCCCCUACCUCAAGGAAAAUUCAGUCACCUGCCGCUGAGGCAGCCUUUCACCGCUCAAGUCUCCACCAAACCCGAGUGCAGCACAGACUCCCGCCCCGGACGAAUCAGCGGCUCGCCAGUGUCGCCAGUGGGGGAGGUUGAAGCCGAUGUGGAGACUGCCGCGUCGCCAUCGCCCACUUCCGUAAAUCCAAACAAGGUUAAGAUCCAAAUGGACUCCCUCAUCACCCAUCAUAUAAAUAACGGCAAUGGCAGUGGCACCGGCAAUAUGUUGUCCGGAAGUCUAGGGGGCGGUUUUCCAAACCUCCAGAGCCAAGAGAUGCAGAACCCGAGUGGCGGCUCAGCUUCACCUCCACUCCAUGGAUUCGGAACCCCGUGGUCGGUUCAGACCAGCUCCCCACCACCCGUCUCCAACUCGGCCAACCCUAUCCACCACGCAAACGCGAUUAAUCAGAUGGCUCAUACCGACCCAGACAAGAGUUUUUAUCCCGGUAUCCCCUCCUCCAUCAACCCAGCCUUCUUCCAGAGUUUUUCUCCGGUGUCGACUAAUCCGUGCCCCGGGAUUAACGUGCAGGGCUUCACCAGUCCGUUCUCGCACCAGAUCAACGCCCCUCAGCAGACGCAGCAGAGCCGCCGGUCCCCAGUCAGCCCCCAGAUGCACCCCCAGCACCAGCAAGGCGUCUUCCUGCAGCAGAGGAACAACUACAACCAUCACCACCAGCCGAUGGUGAAGCAAUCUCCCUGGGGGGGCAGUCACCAGGGGAGUGGUUGGAGCUCUGGUGGUAUGUCCUGGGGUCGGGACCACCGUCGUGGUGGAGGCAUGGGCAUCCCGGGCUCUGUCAGCCAGGUUUCCCCCAUGAAAAAAACAUUCUCCAGUAACGUCAUCGCACCGCCCAAGUUCCCCCGUUCCGCCGGCCCCAUGGGCCCCAAGGCCUGGAUUGAGGAGAACAUGUUCCGAACAGACAGUAACAGUAACACGCUUAUGCCUCUCCAGGAUCGAUCUAGAAUGUACGACAGUCUAAACAUGCACUCACUGGAAAGCUCUCUGAUUGACAUCAUGCGGGCGGAGCAGGAUCCAAUGAAGGGCCGUGUGGGAUGCCCUCACCCCGGAGCCGACGGUCUGCUCAUGCUCAAUGCAAGGAGCUAUGGGAGACGUCGAGGCCGCUCGUCCCUGUUCCCCAUUGAAGACAGCCUCCUUGAUGACGGGCACGGUAACCAGGGCGUCCCAGGGCUUGACACUAACUGUUACCCCCACCCAAACGGGGAGCGCAUUGAGCGUUUCUCCCGCAAAGUGUUUGUGGGCGGCCUUCCCCCUGACAUAGAUGAAGAUGAGAUCACCAACAGUUUCCGUCGCUUUGGCCACCUGGUGGUGGACUGGCCACACAAGGCUGAGAGCAAAUCCUACUUCCCCCCGAAAGGUUACGCCUUCCUGCUGUUCCAGGAGGAGAGCUCAGUGCAGGCUCUGAUCGAGGCCUGCAUGGAGGAGGACGGCAAGCUCUACCUCUGUGUCUCCAGCCCCACCAUCAAAGACAAGCCUGUCCAGAUUCGUCCAUGGAACCUGAGUGACAGUGACUUUGUGAUGGAUGGCUCUCAGGCUCUGGAUCCUCGAAAGACCAUCUUCGUAGGAGGCGUUCCCCGCCCUCUCAGAGCAGUGGAGUUGGCCAUGAUUAUGGACCGUCUCUAUGGGGGGGUCUGCUACGCUGGCAUCGACACCGAUCCAGAGCUCAAGUACCCAAAAGGGGCGGGGCGCGUGGCCUUCUCCAAUCAGCAGAGUUACAUCGCUGCUAUCAGCGCCAGAUUCGUCCAGCUGCAACAUGGAGACAUUGACAAGCGGGUGGAGGUGAAGCCCUAUGUUCUGGAUGACCAGCUUUGUGAUGAGUGCCAGGGGGCACGUUGUGGGGGGAAGUUUGCCCCUUUCUUCUGCGCCAACGUGACCUGCCUGCAGUACUACUGUGAGUUCUGCUGGGCUAACAUCCACUCCCGCGCCGGCCGAGAGUUCCACAAGCCGCUAGUCAAAGAGGGUGCUGACCGCCCAAGGCAGAUUCACUUCCGCUGGAACUGAAGAGAAACGCGAUCACAUGUCACUAUGGAGACAUGGUCAGAAGCAACAGUCAAGGAUGAGAGACAUGCCAGGCAGGAAAAAGUGUCAUCGCCCUGCUUCUUACCGUAAGCUAUCAGUAUAGAGUACAUAACAGUAUACAAUAUAUCUAUCUUUUGUAGCAGCCAAACAUUACAAGCCUCAGUUUUUCACCAACCCCCCCCCCCCCCCCCCCUUCACAUCUCAGGCUCUGACAACUUUUUUAGUGGUACCUUCAUGUUUUUUAAGAGGAUAUUUAAAAAGAGAUAGAUUUUAUGUAGUUUUUCAAAUUAUUUUUAUAUGUGAGAUUUAACGUAGAUAUGAGAAUGUCUUUGCAUGGGGCAGCCUGUCUGUCUGUCUGUCUGUUUGUCUGCUGCUCGCCACCCCCUAGUGGGUGUAGCGUGCCCUUGUUUCUGGGAUAACCUUGAUUCUAUAAUCUGGAUGCCUGCCCCAGGUCAUUUACCAAAGGUAGCAAAAUGAUAGGAAUCAUAAAAGGGAUACACUUCUGCCACAAAACAAACUGUAAUAGUUCAUUGUUGCUAUGUUCUCUUUUUCCUUAUUGGGGAAGAGGUACAAAAAUGAUAGGGUUAUUUCUGCUCUCAUUUUGACCUGAAAAAAUACAACUAUAAAUAUGAAUCUGGUUUGUAUUAACUCUAUUUAACAUUUUUAAUCACAAGCUAUAUUAGAAGCUUUGCUGCUAUACAUGAUAUAUGAAUAGAUGUAAAGGUGUUAUAUAUUAACAGCAUCUGUAAACCGUCAUCUUGAAAAUGAAAUGCAGUCUGCACUCAAACACGCAUGGCCCCCAUUGCCAUGGAAGAAUAGAAUUUGAAAAUUAAAAUGCAUGUUUGUGCAUGCAGGAUAGACUUAACCAACACAUGAAGGAUAGACUUAACCAACACAUGAAGGAUAGACUUAACCAACACAUGAAGGAUAGACUUAACCAACACAUGAAGGAUAGACUUAACCAACACAUGAAGGAUAGACUUAACCAACACAUGAAGGAUAGACUUAACCAACACAUGAAGGAUAGACUUAACCAACACAUGCAGGAUAGACUUAACCAACACAUGCAGGAUAAACUUAACCAACACAUGAAGGAUAGACUUAACCAACACAUGAAGGAUAGACUUAACCAACACAUGCAGGAUAGACUUAACCAACACAUGCAGGAUAGACUUAACCAACACAUGCAGGAUAGACUUAACCAACACAUGAAGGAUAGACUUAACCAACACAUGAAGGAUAGACUUAACCAACACAUGCAGGAUACAUGCAAGAAACAGAUAUCAUAUAACAGAUAUCAUACAUAAACAGAUAUCAUACAUAAACAGAUAUCAUAUAACAGAUAUCAUACAUAAACAGAUAUCAUACAUAAACAGAUAUCAUACAUAAACAGAUAAACAGAAAUACCACGGCGAUCAAGAAAAAUACAUUAAGACUACUUACUUAAAACAUCUAGCAUGCAUUGAUGUUGAUACGUUGUUUGAUCCGACAUACUUAUACAAAAAAAUGUUCUAGACUAGGGGAUGCCACCAUUUUGUGACGUGGUGGUUUGUGAGGAGUGAAGAAGCUGUUGAGAAGCUGAGUGGUGUUUAGUCAGUGGCUAGUGUCGUCUCUGUGCUGUCUGUGUGGGUCUUGUUAGUGUGUGGACAGAGGUUUUAGUUUAGUAACAAUGUAGAUAUACAAGAAUGAGAACAUCACAAUAUUUUGCCUUCGCAGCCUCCUUUCCUCCCCACCUUUUUAUAGUUACUGUGGUUACUCUAAUGUAGCAAAGCACUUAAAGACCAAAACACACACAGUAGCCUGGCUGGAUCAGCUAACUACAGGCAUACGACUGGGAGAUGUGUGUUUAUGCGGUGCAGUGUGCCAUGUGUUACGCUAGUUGGCUAAUCCAUACUGCUGUUCAAAUGUUGUCAUGGAGAAGGACUCGUAAGGAAGCAUCUGUCCAAUAUUUGUUCCUGGGUUGUGUUAUCAGGCUAUGAAUUUUGCAGUUGGAUGAAACUGUUCUAUAAAAAAUCUGUCUCUCAUAUGUACAGUAAUUACUAGUUAUGACUCCAGACCUAUAGAAAGUGGCCCCGUUUUAUGUCCUGCUAGUGAAAGAUGACAAAGACACACCCCUUCACUUAUAAUAAUAAAACAUUUUGGUCUGCAGAAUAUAUAUUAACUGUGUUCUUUGUUUUUUCUAACUGUGACCCUUUGAGGAUAUCGCUCUUAAAUACUUUUCAGGGACAAUCCCUCUCUCUGUGAGCAAUGAGCUGCUGGUGCAUUAGCAUAUCAGCUGUAUGGUACUGUACAUGUCUGUAUCUCUACAGUGUAAUAUCCCUGUUAUUCCUGUGUCAUAGUGUUUCUGUGUUUCAUGCCCUGGUGUGGAGUCCUUGGUAUCCGUAGGUCAGGUGUCAAGUGUUGCUGUUACUACUCUAUGGGGAUACGGUUUUAUGUUCAUUUAUUCAUAUUACUGUAUUAUUAGAUCAUUUAUUUGUUACGUCUUGAACUUGUGACCCCCUCCCUGUCCCAAGCAUCUCUAAUCACUUUUGAUAAUAUAUUAUGCACUUCCCUUUCUAUAUUUCCCUCUCUUUUCCCUUGGAUGAUUUGAUCCUUGACUCAUUUUCAACCUAGCAGUUUAGAUAGCUGAUACAAUGCGGACGUGGUUUGGGUAACAACCUAUUUUGCACCAUUUCAUUACUCAUGAAGAAUUCUGUUCUAACAAACUUCUACCUAUUUAUAAUUCUACCAGAUGAUUUAUUGAAUAUAAUUUUUUCAUAAUGACUUCUUUAAGAAAUGGUGUGAGGAGGCGGUGGUCUUCGGUUUUUCUAUGUGAAGGAAGCAGUUAUCUAAUACGUUCUAAUAUAUUCAAACGGAGUCCCGUUGUUACAGGGAAUGUGUUUCUGCCCGUCUCUCUGUAAACUAACAGGGUGCUGAGCUAUGAUGACUGGCUCUACAAAAUGGUAGCCAAAAAAUGAUGAGCAACAGCUUCAAAGCAAAUGAAGGAUCCUUUAGCCACCAGCCACCCUACUUGUACUCGAGAGUUCUUGUACGGCGUUCGCGGUGUGGUUGGUGUUGUGCUCAGAACAGAACAGAGCUCGCUUUUACAUUGUCACCAUUGUCCUGUAACACUUGACUCCUUGUGCUGUUUGUUGAGUAAUUUGAGUAAUAUGUUGAACACUGUUACUUUGUACAGUGCCUUCGGAAAGUAUUCAGACCCCUUGACUUUUUUCACGUUUUGUUAUGUUACAGCAUUAUUCUAAAAUUGAUUAAAUUAAUACAAAUCCUCAACAAUCUACAAAAAAUACACCAUAAUGACAACGCAAAAACAGGUUUUUAGACAUUUUAUUUACAUAAGUAUUCAGACCCUUUGCUAUGACAUUCGAAAUUGAGCUCAGGUGCAUCCUGUUUCCAUUGAUCAUCAUUGAGAUGUUUCUACAGCAUGACCACCUGUGGUAAAUUCAAUUGAUUUUACAUGAUUUGGAAAGGCACACAGUGCAUGUCAGAGCAAAAACCAAGCCAAGAGGUCGAAGGAAUUGUCCGUAGAGCUACGAGACAGAAUUGUGUCGAGGGACAGAUCUGGGGAAGGGUACCAAAACACUUCUGCAGCAUUGAAGGUCCCCAAUAACACAGUGGCCUCCAUCAUUCUUAAAUAAAAUAAGUUUGGAACCACCAAAACUCUUCCUAGAGCUGGCCGCCCGUCCAAAUUGAGCAAACGGGGGAGGGAGGUGACCAAGAAUCCGAUGGUCACACAGAUCUCUAGAGUUCCUCUGUGGAGAUUGGAGAACCUUCCAGAAGGACAACCAUCUCUGCUGCACUCCACCAUUCAAGCCUUUAUGGUAGAGUGGCCAGACGGAAGCCACUCCUCAGUAAAAGGCACAUGACAGCCCACUUGGAGUCUGCCAAAAGGCAAGAUUCUCUGGUCUGAUGAGACCAACAUUGAACUCUUUGGCCUGAAUGCCAAACGUCACGUCUGGAGUAAACCUGGCACCAUCCCUACGGUGAAGCAUGGUGGUGGCAGCAUCAUGCUGUGGGGAUGUUUUUCAGCGGCAGGGACUGGGAGACUAGUCAGGAUCAAGGUAAAGAUGAACGAAGGGAAGUUCAGAGAAAUCCUUGAUGAAAACCUGCUUCAGAGCGCUCAAGACCUCAGACUGGGGUGAAGGUUCACCUUCCAAAAGGACAAUGACCCUAAGCACACAGCCAAGACAACGCAGGAGUGGCUUUGGGACAAGUCUCUGAAUGGCCUUGAGUGGCCCAGCCAGAGCCCAGACUUGAACCCCACCGAACAUCUCUGGAGAGACCUGUAAAUAGCUAUGCAGCAACACUCCCCAUCCAACCUGACAGAGCUUGAGAAGAUCUGCAGAGAAGAAUGGGAGCAACUCCCCAAAUACAGGUGUGCCAAGCUUGUAGGGUCAUUCCCAAGAAGACCCGAUGCUGUAAUCGCUGCCAAAAGUGCUUCAACAAAGUACUGAGUAAAGGUUCUUAAUACAUUUGCAAAUAUUUCUAAAAACCUGUUUUUGCUUUGUCAUUAUGGGGCAUUGUGUGUAGAUUGAUGAGAGGAAAAAACGAUUUAAUAAAUGUUAGAAUAAGGUUGUAACGUAACAAAAUGUGGAAAAAGUCAAGGGGUCUGAAUACUUUCCGAAGGCACUGAAUGUGUGUCUUUGUUUUUUUAAGAAUCAUAUUUAUUUCACUUUUUAGUAGACAAAUAACUAUUUGAUUUUGAUUGUAUUUUUUAUUUCAAUAGGUUUGUUAUUAUUAUUAUUAUUAUUAUUAUUAUUAUUAUUAUUAUUAUACAUAUUUUAGUUGUCCUAAUAUUCUAACUAUGUUAUUAAGCUGGGCUCUGUUGAAAGACAAAAAGAAACAAACUAUUUCAAAAAUCAUGUCAUUAUGUAUAUAUUGAUGUAUUACUAUAUAACUGUUUUAAUAUGUCUACGUGGUUGAUAUAUAAGUUCAGCUUUACACCGUUUAUUUGAAGGAAGGAAACAUUGAGGGUUCUAUUAUAUUCAUGGAAGACACUUGAGAUUCUCCCCCUGUUGCAUCGAGGCCCGCGGUGCCUCUCCUCAUAGAUGCUCUGAAACUUGAAUAUAACACAUUUUGAAAGGCUGACUAACCUCGAUUCUGUGUUGUGACGUGCAAUACUGUUUCUAAUGUUUGUAUAAAAAGUAAGAAUUACAGUGUAAACCUUUUUAAUGCAGAUUUAUUUUUUUCAUUGCAUAUUUUGCAUAUUUCUGAUCCACAGUGUCAUUUUUUACUGUCAGAAAAGAAACCCCUUUUCAUUGCAACUAUUUUUAAAUCCAGAUAUCUUUGUACUGAUGUAAAUGAUUGUAAUUAUUUUGGAUAGUGUUUUGCUAACAAAAAGAGAUACUUUUUCAUGCAUAUUUCUAUUUCAUUUCAUUUUCAUUUUUUAAAUUUCAUUUAAUAGUAGAAUACUUUGAAUCAUUUUUCAUAUUGUAUGUCAUUGAUAUUAUUUUGUAUUUUUAUGUGGCAAUAUAUACAAUUUUAAGAGGCUAAUUGCAUAGAUAUUUUAAUUUGAAUAAUUUUUUAAGCUAAAUCUUUGUAAUAUUGUUAAAGUAACUAAUUUCUAAAUUUGAGUUGGUGUAUGGAUUCACAAAAGUGGUUUGAGGUGUACCGAUUGUAAUUAUUACUCAAUGGUUCUUUGAUAUGCAAAAUAGAUAUAAUGUCGAUUAAAAUGUUUGUUUGUUUUGUAUUUAAAUGGUGUGUUGAUUACAAUCUGUUUUCUUUAAUUUCCUGAAUAAAUAAAGACCCAUUCUGUUCGGACACAACA